AUGCAACGUGCCUCUUAUAUAUUAAACGCAAAAGUGGGAUGGUUUAGACCCCGUUUGCAAAGUGUAAGUGCAUUAAACUCCGUUAGAUUUGAGUCGAAUACAGCUACAUCUCUUUACAAUAGUAAAACAUCUCGUACCCAACUUCUAGUUCAAGAACAUAUAGCCAAAGGUAACCCUGCUAAUAGCGAAGUUAUUAAUAGUGUCUUACUUAAUCAAAAAGUUGCUAUAUCUCAAAAAGAGCUAGACGAACUUUUAAGCCUUCCAAGUGUAAAAUACGAUUUACCUUUUUCUGAUGAAACAUAUCCUUCAUUACUAGCGUUAAUAAGAAAACCACAUUCUAAACGUAGUAAUGCAGGAGUCUAUAUUUUUACUCAUAAAUCUACAGGUAAUAAAUACGUAGGUUCAAGCAAUGACUUAGCUAGAAGAUUUAAACAAUAUUUUGACAAACAUCUAUUGUUUGCUAAUAAAAGUUCUGGAUUAUUAAUGCCUUUGAUUAACCAAGAAGGAUUAAAAGCAUUUAACUUACAAGUUAUUGUAGUAUCAUCUACUUAUCCUAAGCAUUCACACUGCUUUUUAGAACAAUACUUUUUGUUAGACAAAAGUUUUAACUUAAAUACUCAAAGAAUUGUUAAUUUUAGAGUUAACCAAGGACUUAAAGUGUUUUUAUACGACUUAGAUUGUAAAACUUUAUAUUAUUCAAGUAACUCUUUAAAUGCUUUCUGUGCGGAUUUAGGUAUACACAGUUCAUCUUAUAGAAAAUGUAUAUCAAGUGGUGUUCCUUUCUUAGGUUUAUUUGUUAUUUCAAAUAAUUUAAUAGAGGAUGCUGUACCAACUAAUUUAACAGAAUCUGAAGUGGGUGAGUUAAUAGCUAAACGUAGAAAAGAAAAUUUAGAUAAGCAAACUGUAGAUUUAGGUAAAGUCAUAGAGGUAUUUGAUAAAGAUACCAAUGAAGUAAAAACUUAUCCUUCUACUUAUAAAGUUGCAUAUAGAUUAGGUACUACUAGAGCUACAAUUAGAAGCUAUAUUAGUAAAGGUAAAGCAUUCAAGAAUCGUUACUACUUAAAAUUUACUGACAGUAGUAAAUAG